AUGGAUGUCGAUGAUAUUUCCAGGGAAGAUACAAAUGAAUGUGAGGACAUACCAAACAUAUGUGGAUCCAACUCACACUGCACCAACACCAAUGGAAGCUUCAACUGUUCCUGCCUGAGUGGAUAUCGGGAAACCAGUGUAAAUCAAACCAUAAGUGGCAGCAAUCAGUGCACAGAUGUGGAUGAAUGCCUUGAGACCCCACCAGUCUGUGGUCCAAACUCAAUCUGCAACAACACCAUUGGAGACUUCAACUGCUCAUGCUUGAGUGGAUAUAAUGUGACUGAUCCAAGUGUGCGGAGUAGUGCUGAGAGUCCCUGUUCAGAUGUGGAUGAAUGCAUUCAGACUCCAUCAGUCUGUGGUCCCAACUCAGACUGCAACAACACUAUUGGAGACUACAAGUGCUCAUGUCUGAGUGGAUAUAACGUGACUGAUCCAAAUGUGCGGAUGAGUGCCGACAAUUUCUGUACAGAUAUAAACGAAUGUGUUCUGAUUGAAAACCUUUGCGGCCCCAACUCAAACUGUGUCAAUACCAAUGGAAGUUACAACUGUUCCUGCUUGACUGGAUAUCAAGUGACCAACCCAAACCAACACAUAAGUGACAGCAAUCAGUGCACAGUCACAACACCAGCUCCUACAACAACCUCAAUAACACAAGCUCCUACAACAACCUCAAUAACACCAGCUCCCACAACAACAGCAGCUCCUACAACAGCAGCACCAGCACCAGCUCCCACAACAGCAGCACCAACAGCAGCUCCUACAACAGCAGCACCAACAGCAGCUCCUACAACAGCAGCACCAACAGCAGCUCCUACAACAGCAGCACCAACAGCAGCUCCUACAACAGCAGCACCAACACCAGCUCCCACAACAGCAGCACCAGCACCAGCUCCUAUAGCAGCGAACACCGCUGCACCAGAAUCUGCAAGCAUGACCUUAACAUUGAGGGGUAACUUUGAAACUAGUUUAAAUGAUCCAACAAGUGGAGACUUUAGAACUUUGGCGGGAAUUAUAGAAAACGCAAUAAGCAUAAGUUAUGGAAAUGAAAAUGUACCUGGUUUUACAAAAGCAACAGUAACAGGAUUCAGGCAAGGUAGUAUAAUAGCUGACAUAAACAUUGCUCAUACUAGCAAUCUCGACUGGGCCAAGAUAAAUCAACGAAAUAAUGCUCUGGCUGAUGAACUGCAAAAAGAAGGUUAUGAAGUUACUGAAUUUGUUUCUGAAAGUGUUCCAGGGGAUCUUAUUAAAGGGGUUCAAGUUCACUCAGGAGAUGAAUCCAUGACAUUAAAUUGUCCCCAGUCAAAUGAAGCAACAGGUGGCCCAGAAUGGAGAUUUGGCAGGAAAAAACUCAACCCAGGACUCAAAUAUGCAAUGUCAUCCAGCACACUGACAGUAAAAAAGGUUGUCCUUGGUGAUGAGGGUCGUUACGAGUGCAGAUAUACCAGAGCCUCAAAACCAACUCUUAUUUAUUGGAGCAAAGUAACAAUCAAACCAGAUCCUGUGAUUACGCGGAAUUUUAUCGAAAGGCUGGUUGAUUGUGGAGCCAGUGUUAAUCUGAAAUGCUGUGUGCCAGACUCAUACCAAGUCAUCCUGACUUUAGAAGAAGCUGUUCUAAAUGCAUCACAAAGACGGUGUAGUGAGUCUGAAUAUACUACGAAGCUUGAGGAAUGUGGCAAACCACUGAUAUUUAAGUGUAAACUACUUGUCCUCCAAAACAGAGAACAAGCUAUUACACUGAAUGUUCGUGAAGAGGGUCAAGUUGUUAUAGUAUCUUGUAAAGCGGAUGAGGACAAGGGAGAAGGAGCCGAAGGGGAUGAGACAAUAAGUCGCUGUGGUGAAGGGAAAGUCGGUGAAAUACUGUACAGGUGUGAGGAGAGUGUAUGGGUCCUCAAGCAAGACAAUUGUGUCUUAGAAGAAAUCCAAAACUUGAAAGAAGAAUCAGAGAACCUAAAUGGAGGGGAUGUUUCGGAAUUUCUUUUGGAGCUCAGUAACACCACACAGGAUAAUGAUGAUGACAUUGUUACUUCACCAGCAACUAUUGCAUCUAUUGUAGCCAUACUUGACAAUGUUGCAGCAGCCUCUAGAGAAAUCAGAUUGGACCAGAGGGUUAUGGAGAAUUUCCUUGACACUGUGAAUGUGAUUGUCUCCCCGAGUGCAAAUAAUGUCUGGAGUAACUUGAAUAGUGAUUCUGAUGAUGAAACUCGUAGAGGUGCCAGCUCCAACAUGUUGGGUGCUGUGGACACAAUGUCAGGUAGACUCUCGGAAGAAGACACAUAUCAGAUUUCGACAGAAAGCCUUUCUUUGAGCAAAUCUGUGGUGACUACAGCCAAUAAUGGGCUCACAACAAACACAUCUGAAAUUACAUUCACUGUAACAGAACGAUCUUCGACAAACACCUCCGUUACGAUCAUUGAAUUUUUUACCCUUAGUAAUAUAAUGUCAAACAGAAAUUCAGAAGACAAUACCAUCAAUUCCACAGAUUCCAUAAAUUCAAUAAAUGCCAAUAUUCUUUUGGUCGAUAUAAGUCAGACAGUUGAAAACAUUACUCUAACAUUCAAGAAAAACGACAGUGACUUGGCAAACCCACUGUGUGUCUUUUGGAACUUCAAACUUUUCAACAAUAGCGGUGGAUGGGAUACAUUUGGAUGUGAGCUGAAGGUCGAUGAAAAUUCUACAGUCAGGUGUGAGUGUAAUCACACAACUUCCUUCUCCGUUCUCAUGUCACCAUAUAUACCACCUGAAGCUAAAAUGGCCCUGGAUAUCAUCACAUAUGUUGGAGUUGGAAUAUCAAUCGCCAGCUUGGUAAUCACCCUAAUAAUUGAGGGGAUAGUUUGGCGUGUCAUGACAGUUAAUGACACAGCAUACAUGCGACACGUCUGCAUCGUUAACAUUGCUGUGUCCCUCCUGAUUGCGGACAUCUGGUUCAUCGUGGGAGCAGCCGUGUCGAAUGAAAAUGGUGCAGCCUUGGGGCCCUGUACAGCAGCCACGUUUUUUGCCCACUUCUUCUACCUGGCUAUGUUCUUUUGGAUGCUGAUGUCUGCUCUACUGCUUCUGUACCGCAUUGUGUGGGUUUUCUCAAACGUCUCCAGGUUGGCCAUGAUGCUAAUCGGCUUCUUUGUCGGCUACGGCGGCCCUCUCAUUACGGCAGUGGUAACUGUGGCAUCGACAGCUGGAAAUAAUGGCUACAUCACCUCACGUGGCGUAUGCUGGCUCAACUGGGAAAAGACCAAGGCCCUGCUGGCCUUUGUGAUCCCUGCCUUGGUUAUUGUGGCCAUCAACUUGUGUGUCAUGAUGGUGGUCCUGGUUAAGAUGCUGAGAAGAGGCGUGGGAGACACUGCACAAAGUGAUGAAAAACACAACCUAAAGGUCAUCGCAAAAUGUGUGGCCGUAUUAACUCCACUGUUUGGUAUUACCUGGGGAUUUGGCAUUGGCAUCAUGAUCAGCCCAGAGAGCUUUGGGCUCCAUGUUGUCUUUGCAUUGUUAAACUCUUUACAGGGUUUCUUCAUUUUGGUGUUUGGGAUCCUCUUGGACAAAAAGGUUCGAGAUACUCUAGCCAAAAGACCACACAGCACAACCUCCGGACAAACUAGUAGCACAAGUGGAGGAGUCUCAUCAUCUACUGGUUUGAACAUCUUUCGAAGGGCUGCAAGGAGACCGGGAUACAGGAGUGCUGCAGGUUCUGACAAUACCUAACAGUUUAAUGCCCUUUCACUCUGUUGCAAGUUGUUUGGCAGCUUCAUUUACAAAUGGAUGGAUUAUAUACAUUGAAUAAUGGCACUUAUCUUGAAGUAGCCGAAAUCUCAACCAAAUUGUCCCAUUGGUUAAAAUGACAUGUUUGUGAAAAUUCACUGUAAUACAUUAAACUUAUUUUCAGUUUUGUCAUAACUUAAUCCAUUUUAAAUGUUCUGUUUUUCAUGUUACCCUUUUAUUUUUAGUACUCAAGCACUUUUUAGUACUAGCGUCUACAAUUCAUUCCACUUCAAAUGGUAAACUUUGGCUUUGCUGUAACAGCAUUUGUUUACCUGUGUGUUGUGUUGUUGAGAGCAAAGUGCAUUAUUCUGUUAUCACACAUUGGUGAUAUUUUCCCCCAAUAUCUUUAUUAAAAACACAGUUCUUGGCAGAUAUUAGUAUGAUGUAGCAUCACUGUUGAAUGUUUUUCCUGUAUAUUCCUUCUAUGAUAUCUGCAGUGUCUGCUGCUCUGAAAUCAUGUUUGCAUCGUUUGCACUAAAAAAUAUAAUAAAUAGAAAUAAAAUAAAAAGUGUGUUAAAUGGGUUCAGGAAAGAUGAGGAUAAAUUCAGUGUAUGAAUGUAUCAACAUGUCUCAACAUUAAAUGUUUUUGUAUUGAUAAUCAUUAUUGUGAACUUUUAUGAAAUGUAGACAUUUUAACUCACACCUUACGUACAUGUGUUUUCUGUAAUUGAUUAUAAUACCAUGACUGCAAACUGUAGGCUACUCAGUUUAUCAAA